AUGACAUCGAGAUACAGAGUAGAAUACGCGCUCAAGUCUCACCGCAGAGACGAAUUCAUCGAAUGGAUCAAGGCGUUAUUAGCAUGCCCGUUUGUCUUGCACGCCGACGUUGAGUCCUUCGACUCCGACUUCCCCGAGUUGUACGAGGUGCCAGAGGACUUGGACUCCUUCUUCAAGCACCACGAAUUGAUCACGGCUCAGGAUUGCCAGCGUCGCUACUUGCAAAUCUUCCAAGACGUGGAGAAGUUGAUCGAACAUACCAUCUUAAUUGACGAAAUCAACGAUCGUGGCUCCGGGAGGAAACAGAGCUCAAGCAGAUUGCGCAAUCUUGUGCCUAGCAUCGGCAGGUUCUUCACUAAACUUCCCUUGGGGCAAGCGUUCUUGUUGGAGGAUAAACGACGCUGCAUCUCGAAGCGGAGAUUAGUGAGUCCGUCUUUUAAUGACGUGAGGAUGAUUUUGAACACGGCUCAGGUGAUGGCGCUAACGGAAAUCAACCGUGAUCUCAACCGCACCCAUUUGAAAUUGAUUACCUUCGAUGGAGACGUGACGUUAUACGAAGACGGCCAGAGCUUGACUGAAACGUGCGACGUGGUCAAACGACUUGUAAAUUUAUUGAGCAUGAAUUACUACGUGGGGGUAGUGACGGCUGCGGGUUACCCGACUCAAGCUGGUGCCGUCAAGUACUAUGAGAGAUUAAAGGGGUUGAUUGACUAUUUCCAUAAUGACCAAUGUAUUCUUACCGAUGUGCAAAAGGAGAAGUUCUUGGUAAUGGGAGCAGAAUCCAACUACUUGUUCCGCUACAAUUGUCAAUUGCAAAGCUUGAAAUUCAUCGAUUCCGAUGAGUGGCACUUGCCGGAAGUGCAGAAAUGGGAUCACGACAAGAUCAACUACAUAAUGGACACCAUCCACCACCAUUUGAUCCACUUGCGUCAGAAAUUUAAUUUGGAAAACUGCACUAGUAUAGUCAAGAAAGAGAGAAGCGUAGGCAUAAUCCCCAAUGCCGGAUACAAGAUCCUCCGUGAACAAUUGGAAGAAAUGGUUUUAUCCUGUUCGAAUAAGCUUCAAAUUAUACUUCAAAACGCCCGCGCCAAGACAAGCACCAACUCCAAAACUACCGACGACAGCUUGACGUCGCUAGAUGACAUCAAAGUGUGUGCGUUCAACGGCGGAAGUGACGUUUGGGUAGAUAUCGGAGAUAAGGCAUUGGGAGUUGAGUCGCUUCAAAAAUACUUGUGCCAGGACCCCACCAACGACUUGUGUCCCAUCCGCAAAGCCGAGACUUUACAUAUAGGCGACCAGUUUGCUAGUUUGGGCGCGAACGAUUUCAAAGCGAGGUUAUCAGCUUGCACCGUGUGGAUCGCUAACCCGCAGGAAACGGUGGCUAUUUUGGAUGAUAUUAUUGCUCUUGCAAAGGAUAAGAAGCUGGGACUUGCUCCCCUGAAUGAAUGA